AUGAAGCUGGGAAUCAGCGGCCUCCUCUUCAUUUAUCAAGACGUGUCCCGGCUGUGGUCAAAGUCAGCUGUGCAGAACAAAGUGGUGGUGAUCACUGAUGCCAUCUCAGGACUGGGCAAGAUGUGCUCGGGUGUCCACAUGGGUGGGGCAAGGCUGGUGCUGUGUGGAAAGAACUGGGAGAGGCUAGAGAUCCUAUAUGAUGCCUUGAUCAGCGUGGCUGACCCCAGCAAGACGUUCACCCCAAAGCUGGUCCUAUUGGAUUUCUCGGAUAUCAGCUGUGUCCUGGAUGUGGCAAAAGAAGUCCUGGAUUGCUAUGGCUGCGUGGACAUCCUCGUCAACAAUGCCAGCAUGAAGGUGAAGGGGCCUGCCCCUAAGAUUUCUCUGGAGCUGGACAGAAAGAUCAUGGACGCCAACUACUUUGGACCCAUCACACUGACCAAAGCCCUGCUCCCCAACAUGAUCUCCAGGGGAACAGGCCAAAUCGUGCUAGUGAAUAACAGCCAAGGGAAGUUCAGAAUCCCAUUCUGCACGGCUUCUGGCAGGUCACCCUGGGAGAUGCUGACACAGAAAAGGUAA